AUCAGUCCAAGGACAUCAUCCGCCUGGAAAGGGGGGGAAGUUUGAUCCUCUUUCUCACGGAUCGCAGUCAACGGGAGUUUUUUUUUCUCUCCCGAACUCUUUACGCGUAGGAUUUUUUCCCGUUUUGGCUUGCUGUGUUUUUUAUUUUAGGAUUUUGCGCAAAACGUGGUAAAUCUCGGCGCGGUGUCUGCAGCUUGCGCGCUCCGCUAAACUGGAUUUUAAUUUUAUUUUCGGUUUUCUUCCCGUCUCCUAAGUUUUGCUUCAAGCUUCAUGACUAUGCUUCUUGAUAGCGGUCCGCAGUUUGCAUCGCUAGGAGUGGGGGGUUUCGGGACGCCACGGCACCACGAUAUGGGGGGCAGAGAACCGAGUCUGGGACUGAAUCCCUUCUCCGAUUCCUCCCACUCCGCAGCGUUCAAAAUCAGCCCAGUGACUCACGAUAUCGCCUCCAGCCAGACAUCAGCUUUCACUCCGCAAGCCGGUGGAUAUGCAGCUGCCCUGGGACACUCGCACGGCGGGCAGGUCGGCACGUACGGCGGAGGAGCGUUCAAUUCAACACGGGACUUUCUCUUCCGGAACCGGGGUGUCGGAGAGUCCACUGCGCCGAGCGCCCAGCAUGGGAUCUUUGCAGCUUCGGCGGGGAGCCUCCACGGGCCGCCCGGGAUCAGCGAUAACCCCGGACAUCUGUUGUUUCCAGGACUUCACGACCAGGGGGUGAGCCACACUUCACCGAGCGGACAUGUAGUGAACAGCCAAAUGCAUCUUGGCUUACGCGGGGACAUUUUCGGCAGACCUGAUCCGUACCGUCCGGUCGCGAGCCCUCGGACGGACCCCUACGGGGCUCAGCUCCACAACUACAGCCACCCUAUCAACAUGAACAUGGGGAUGAAUGUGCCGACACACCACGGUCCGGGGGCCUUCUUUAGAUACAUGAGGCAGCCGAUCAAACAAGAAUUAUCCUGCAAAUGGAUAGACGAGAACCAGAUGAACAGACCCAAAAAGACUUGCGACAGGACUUUCAGCACCAUGCACGAGAUGGUCACGCAUGUGUCCAUGGAGCACGUCGGCGGCCCCGAGCAGAGCAACCACAUCUGCUACUGGGAGGACUGCCCGAGAGAAGGGAAAUCUUUUAAGGCCAAGUACAAACUCGUCAACCACAUCCGUGUGCACACGGGCGAGAAACCGUUCCCGUGCCCGUUCCCCGGAUGUGGGAAAAUAUUCGCCAGAUCGGAAAAUUUGAAAAUCCACAAAAGAACGCACACAGGUGAGAAGCCGUUUAAGUGUGAAUUUGAUGGCUGUGACAGACGCUUCGCCAACAGCAGCGACAGGAAAAAGCACAUGCAUGUGCACACGUCAGACAAGCCAUACAUCUGCAAAGUGUGCGACAAGUCAUACACACACCCCAGCUCUCUCAGGAAACACAUGAAGGUACACGAGUCUCAAGGAUCUGAAUCGUCUCCAGCAGCAAGCUCUGGAUACGAGUCGUCCACACCACCGGUGUUGGUCACAGCCAGCACCGAAGACCCGACAAAAACACCGCCGUUAGCCGUUCAAAACACGUCCGGCCACAGCGAAGGACUGGCACCCAACUUUAAUGAAUGGUACGUUUGAAGUCCGGAGAACAAACAAAAAAAAGAAAAGAAAAGAAAAAUCCUCCUCUCAAUGUUGGACAACGGGGUUGAGGAUAAAUGAGGAUGAAAAAAAACAACAACCUUAAAAACUAUUCCUGUUCACACACACACACACACACACACGCCAUCUCUCUCUCACACACACACACACAGACACACACACACACGGGAUUGGGACGACAACAACAACAACAACAACAACAACAACAGGAGAUGAGAGCAAAAGCCAGCACCAAGCAGGCCACGUCCGUUCUCAGGAUCACGGGAAAUUUGACUUUUACGCCGCAGUUUUGAGGAAAUCGAGUUUAAACAAAAAGGAGGGAAAAAAAAAAGAAAAAAGAAGAAAAAAAAAAUCACGACUAAAAUAAACGUAAUACUUUCUCAGUACAAAUAAAUGUUUGUUUUUUUUAUCUUUUAGUUUACAGAUUUCAAGUACAAACAAAAAAAAUUGUUUUAUUUUUCAUUUUAUUGUAUUUUCUCAAAUUUUUAUUUAAAAAAAAAGAAUAAAAAGGAAGAUUAUCUCACGCUGUUUUAUAUGGACGGUGACGCGCUACUGUCGCCUCUUCAAAUUGAUUGUUGGAAACUUCAAACAGUCUUAAGAAACGUGCCAAAGUCUUUGUCAUGAACUUGAACACAGAAAAAAAAAAUCCUAAAUAAAUAUUAUACUCGUGAAUGUAUUUCCUUGUUUGAUGGGGUCGAAUCUAUUGUCAACGUCCGUUUUCAGGUGGAGAAAUGUGGUAUUAGGUUACGAUUGUUACCGUUGAAUAUAACGUUGCCUUUUGUUAAUACCGUUGUAAAUACAUAUCCAUGAUGCCAUAUUUAUCAAUUUGUAAUUUAAUUAUGGGUAUAAGUUCUGAAACUUAAAUGAUAUUUAUGGAAAAAUGUUUUCUAACAAGAACUGUACAGUUUUGGUCAUAACCAGCUUAACAUUGAACAAAUGAUAAACUAAAGCUCCAACAUCGCGAUUGUAUCCUUCUGUUUUCUUUCUCCUCCUCUUUUUAACCAAUAGGCCUACAUGUGUCUUAUUUGGAUCGAAGAAAAAAAAAAUCAUCUAUAUGAAUAUUAUGGAUUUGUCUAUAUAUAAUGCAGAUAUCUCCGUCACUUUUUAUUUUUGUUUAUGAGACCAUUGACAUGUAAAAUCACUGACUUUUUUUUGUAGAGGCUGAGUUCAAGUUGAGCUGAGAAGCUAUAAAAAAAAAAAAAGAGAGAGAGAAAAAAAAAACAGGUUCUGUUGAUAUCUUUAUUUUUGGUUUCAAUUUAAAACCUUCUUUGUGUAUUUUACUUUUAUAGGAUCAGAACAUAGAUGUCAAUUCGUAGCAUAAACUCAGUAUUGAAAGAAAGAAAAAAAAAAGAAGAAGAAUAAACCCAUCAGCCUAUUGCACUCCUAUACAGGUCUUAGACGAGUGUGCGAAGUUCAUGAUUUUUUCUCCAAAUCGAGGUGACAGCAUUUUUUUUUUUUUCCUGAGUAUUUUUCAAAAAUUCGAGGGGGUCAAAGCGCCCAAAUAUAUGCGCCAAGUUAUGGCAAACCUUUAUAGUUCCAAGCAAUGUCUUUGUGCAAAGUAUGUUUUAAAUGUGUGCAUCGGCAAACAAUGGAACUGUCACAACAACAGUAUCUUCAAAAAUAAAAAAAGUUUUUUUGUCUGUCAGCUUGCAUUGUUUUAAAUGUAAUUCUUCUGUGGAAAACUAAAGCGUUGUUAUUUGUUGUGGUGUUGCAUAUAGAGCAGUUUGAUUACACAUUUGCUUGUUUUGUGUGAAUAACUUUGUCGAGAUGACAUUUUUUUUGUGUUUAACAAAAAAAAAAUUCUAGUGGAAGGAAUUCUAGGAUCUAUGUGGGGAGGGGGGAGAAUACGUUCAGUGGCAAAAAGAGUUACAGCAUUGCAUUGUAACCUAUUCUCAAGAAUUAAAUAUUAUGCAUACACAAAGUAUAUUGUACUCAUACGAGAACAAUUUCAGACCACCAGCACUACUUUUAAAAUAAAAUGUAAAAAAACGGUACCUCGUGACAGUGAUAUAUGAAAUAAGUUUAUUUAAAUAAUUUAAGGAAUAUAUGUUUUAUAUGCUAUUUUCUAUACCUUAAUUUAAAUGAAGUACUUUUUCUUAUUCCCACCACCUUUCUGCCCCCAAUGUCCAGAGGUCAGAGACAUGAAAAAAACAAAAAAAAAAAAACUAAAAGACAAAAAAACAAAACAAAAAAAAAAAAAAACAGAAAAAAAAAAACAAACAAAAAACAUCUGAUGUAUAAAAACACAGCUAGAAUGUGAUGUUGUAACACUUUCUGGGAGAAAUGGGUCACACUCCGAGUUAUUCCUGAAGAGCAAAACUGUUUUACUGAUGAACUGUGUCACUGUGCCACAUUGAGGCAAACCAUGUUACAACAAGCGGGGCCUGUGCGUUAGCCUAUUUAGCUACCAGAGGCAAAAGGUUCCUUGUACUUUUUAGGCUACUGUAUGUUGGUUGAUUUGUUUUUACCAACUAUUUAUGAAGAAAUGUGAACGGAAAUUUUGACUGAAAUUAAAAAAAACAUUAUGAAAAGUGA